AUGUCUCCCCCAGGCUUCGAUCCCCUGUCUCUCCCAUAUUACGACCCGGAGAUCGACAGAAGGGUAGCUUUCAUAACCGGUGGAAACAGUGGCAUCGGAUGGUACACCGUUCUUGAGCUUUUCCUUCAUGGAUAUGUGGUUUACAUUGCUGGCCGAAGCAAGAACCGAGUGUUAAAAUCGAUCAAAGAAAUCAGGGAACGAGCCGCCACGAUUCGGGAAUCGUACACGGACGAGGAGCGUGAGACUCGGUUCUUGGGCGAGGUUUUUUUCUUGGAAGCAGACUUGUUGAAUCUCAAGUCGGUGACUGCUGCUGUGGAUACGUUCAAAUCGGUAGAAAAUUACCUUAAUAUUCUUGUCAACAAUGCCGGGGUGAUGGCGCUUCCAUAUGCCAUGACCGAGGACGGGUUCGAGAUCCAAAUGCAAACUAAUUAUGUGGCUCCUUUCUUGCUCACCACAAGACUACUUUCUCACCUCGAAAACACAACCCACCUAUUUCCCCCAUCUGAUCCUCCGCGGAUCGUCUACGUCAGUUCCAUCGGCCACCAGUUUGCCUUCUACUACUUCAACAUGAACCUGACGUUCAACUACUUCCCCAACAUAAUUUUCACCUGGUUCCGAUAUGGCCUCGCCAAAACCGCCGGUAUCCACUUUAUGAAAAUGCUAGCUUUGCGUAACCCGCUGGUCCUCUGUAUGUCUGUCCACCCUGGGUUUGUCAUGAACACCAACCUAUUCUCAUACUGGACUCGUCUUCCAAUAAUAGGCAUCAUGUUCUGGUGUUUUUUCCAAGUUUUUGGCUACUUUUUUGGCGUGUCGGUUCCUGAUGGCGCCAAUGCCACCGUCAAGUGCUGUCUUGAUCCCAACCUUUCUCUCGAGAAGGACAAUGGCAAGUACUAUGCCGUGGAUGGUGUGGAAUCUACCCCGUCAAAGAUCGCAUCGAACAUGGAUUACGCUGCUCGAACGUGGAUUUGGACCGUCCACAGCCUCAGUGAGAGAAACAUAUCCAUCGAUUGUUAG